UAGUGGUCAGAUAAGAUUAACCACGCAAAACAUUUACUGAAAUUGCAGUUGAACAUAUCGAACAGAACCCAGUUAAAUCUACCAUGAAAUCACAAGAUUCUCACCCGAUGUUGUGUUCUCACUCAAUAACAGCACUUCUGAUAACAUUGGUUGUACUUCACGAAGCUUCAACCAAAGAUCUACGACAGAUCAGCGAACCCAAGAUCCCAGCAGCCUGCGUGUCCCUGAGAGGAACUGGCAGAAACGAGACUGCAGUCCUCCAGAAGGCCCUCAACUCCUGCGGCAAAGGGAAGGCCGUUCAUCUGGCAUCCGGCGCAUUCGUCUCCGGCCCGCUAAUAGUUCCCUCUGGAGUCAGCCUGUGGAUUGACAGUGGUGCGGUGUUGAAAGCCAGCUCGAAUCCAAAGGAAUUCGACACUGGAAAAAACCUCUGUGGCACACUUAACAUCGAAUACACUGCCUGCAAACCAUUGAUUGAGAUAAAAGAUGCAACAGGAAGUGGUAUUUAUGGGAAAGGUACCAUUGAUGGACAGGGUGGAGUUACAAUGACUGGCAAAAGUAUCAGUUGGUGGGAGUUGUCCCACGAAGCACAACUAAAGAACACAAAUCACAACUGUCCCAACCUGAUUGAAGUUAGAAGUUCGAAGAACAUUACUUUGUACGAUAUAACCCUGAAGAACUCCCCCGGUUCUCACGCCAUCAUCGAACUGACCAAUGGGUUCACAGCUUGGGGAAUAACCAUCAACACGCCAGCGAAUGCUCGAAACACCGAUGGCAUGGACCCGAGUGGAUCGCAGAACAUCACAGUCGCACACAGCAGCAUCAGCGCUGGCGAUGAUAAUAUUGCAAUCAAAGGUGGCAAUGCUGCUACAAGACAUGUAUCAAUUAUGAAUAACCAUUUCGGUUCGGGACAUGGCAUGUCCAUCGGCAGCGAAACGUACAGCGGCGUGAGCGACGUGACUGUCACUUCGCUCACUCUGGAAGGCACUACCAAUGGCCUGCGCAUAAAGAGUGACCGCUCACGCGGUGGCCUGGUGACUGGCAUCUCGUACACCAACGUCUGCAUGAAAAAUGUUGCCAACCCCAUUGUCUUGGACACGCAGUACAGCCACACAGCUAGUGGUAAUAGGAUCCCAGAAUACCAGGACAUAACCUUCAACAAUAUCAAAGUCUUGACUCCUGGUAAGUUUAUGUUUAAUGGGUUCAGCGAUGCCAAACCUAUCAUGGCCACUCUGAGUAAUGUACACAUAGCCAAAGGUUCAACCUGGACUGCAAGUCAUGCCAAGAUCACUGGAAGGUACUAUGAAGAUGCUAGUGGCAAUAGUUGUUAAGAUUAUUGAAUAAAGAAAAUAAGUUUACCAAAUAAAAUUUUUGUUCUUGAAGUUCAUAGAAUAAUUAUUUAUAGCAAUAUAUUUAUGAACAAGUCGGCGAACAAAAUCUAUGUCGAAAAAUGUCAGGAUUAUAGUAAAAUUAGCGUAAUUGUCCCCUUUGUGAUUGUUAUUAAUUAAUUGCACAGAUUUAAACCAAACUAAGUGUGGUAAAUGCUACAUUGACAAGCAUUAGCCAAUAAACUGGUCUGGUAUGAUUACAGAAAGAGAAAAAUAUUAUAAAGAAACAUAAAAUAAAUCAAAUUUUAUGAAGAGUAAUACAGGAUUUUUUUUGAGAAUUUAAAUAAUAUAGUGGUUUAAUAAGUAGUAGAAAAACUUUAACUAUUUUCAAAGCUAUUCACCAAUCUUGUUAGCAUUAAGUUCAUAAGUUACAGCUUGAAUCUUAAUUUUUACAACAAAAAAAAAAUAUAAAUAAAUUGUGUUUCCAUUGCAAACUCAAUCAAUUCUUAGUGUUUACCUGUUUUCUCAUCAAAUAUGUGGAAUAUAAUAUAUUUUAUGUGAUGUGCAUUUUCAAUGUAAACAUAAAAUUAUUUAUUAUUUAAAUUAAAAAUAUAUAAUCCUGU